AAGAUACUAAUACAUAUAAACCAAACCCACCAAACAUUCUUUGAUACUUUUCUCCAUAAAUACAUAACUAUACCUCUCUUGUGUUCUUGCAACAGAACCAAAUUCAAAAAACGGAGGAUCAUGACAAGUUUUCACGAGGAGACACGUCUAGUACUCCUCACCAAGGGGAAACGAACCAAACGUCCUCGAUCCGCGUCUCCUCAUAUGAACAAUAUAGAAGCAGUGUCCGGCGUUUUCAGCGAGGAUCGAUCAAUAGAAGCAAAAGAAGAAGGAGCUGGUGAAGUUGACUUCCAGGGAGCUACGGAGGAAGACCAAGACAUGGCGAGUUGUCUGAUGUUAUUGUCGCAAGGACAUAAACCAAAGAGUAGUGGAGAUCAUUCGUCGACGCAGAAGAUUAGUUUCUUGAGUAACAAGAAACCGGUGGCUUCUCUAGGUUUAGGGCUAGAUUGUGUUUACCAGUGCAAAACGUGUGAUAAAAGCUUCCACUCGUUUCAAGCACUAGGAGGACACAGGGCUAGCCAUAAGAAGCCCAAACGCGACGAGAAGAACGCUGCGUCUGCGGUUGAAACGGUGGAUUCGGCAGAAGCUGUAGGAAGCUUUCUUUCUCUGCAAGUAACUAGCAGUGAUUGUAGCAAGAAAUCGGAGAAAACACAUGAAUGUUCGAUCUGCAAAGCUGAGUUCUCGUCAGGACAAGCUUUAGGAGGUCAUAUGAGGAGACAUAGAGGUUUAACCGCAAACGCAAACGCUACUUCAAUUACCAAAACCGUUGUAUCAUCAAGCCAUCAUCAAGAAUCUAUACGUCCAAAGAAUCCUCUGGAGUUGGAUCUGAAUCUUCCAGCGCCAGAAGAUGAACCAAAAUACGUGUUUGCGUCCAGAGAUCAGAUGCUUCUCUUUGCAGCUGCGUCCAAUUGUUUGAUUGAUUGUCAUCACUAAUUAAGUAGUUCUUGUAAUUACUUGUGUGUUACCUUGACAUGUUAAUCAUUAACCCUCCUCUUAUUAUUGAUUCUUGUAAUUUGACAUUGAUUUAAUUAACUUCAAAUGAAU